AUGGCACCUCAAGGACGUCUUUCCAACGAUGAGUUCUUCGCGCAACUUACCUCCCUCCUUACGUCCACUUCCGCCAGUGAGAAGAACUCCGUAUACAUUACGCAAAAAGUUCUGAUCCCUUUCUCUGAAGACUCAAAAACCCCCGUUGCACCCAUAGAUCCCGACGCGCCCCUACAGCUCCUCAUACGCGCUACCGAUGGCCAGGAAAAGGCGAAGAAAGUAAAGUUCUCCACAGUAGUGGAAGCUGGGCAGUUGGAGGCCUUUUAUGUACGAUAUGCGGAGGUGGCGAAGUCGGGAAUGACCACCCUGAAGAAGAGGGAUAGGAAGGCCAGGAAGUUGAGGGCUAGGAAGAAGGGGAAGGCAGUCGAGGGUACUACAGCGCCAACCGCUCUAGCAGUAUAG